AAAAUAACUUAAGAAGAAAUGGAUACUUCACAGCUGCUCUUACUACUGCUGCUGUACGGAUAUCUGCCUAAAGUGUCUCCGCUGCAGAUGUGUGAUGUGGUGAACCAGAUUGAGCAGGAGAGGCAGCGCUGUGAGAACAGCACCUAUGGGAACCUCACUUCAGGUUGCCAGGGCAUGUGGGAUAUCAUCGCCUGUUGGCCUUCAGCCAAUGUGGGAGAGGUGGUGACAAUCACCUGCCCCACAUACUUCAGCUACUUCAGUGACCAGCACAGAGGUAACCUCACCAAAACCUGCACAGCAGAUGGCUGGACAGAGAUGCAUCCUUUCGACAUUGCUGUGAAUUGUGGGUACAAUCUCAACGGCACCGGUGAUGAUGGCAAGUUUUUCUGGCAAGUGAAGAUCGGUUAUACCAUUGGUCACAGUGUUUCCCUCAUCUCUCUCACAACAGCUAUUGUCAUCCUCUGCAUCUUCAGGAAGCUCCACUGUACAAGGAACUACAUCCACAUGCAUCUGUUUGUGUCAUUCAUCCUGAAGGCCAUCGCUGUGUUUGUCAAGGAUGUCGUCCUGUACGAGGUCGGCGAGGUGGACAACUGCUCCUCGGGCUCUGUUGGCUGCAAAGUGGUGAUUGUGUUCUUCCAGUACUGUAUAAUGGCCAGUUUCUUCUGGCUGUUGGUUGAAGGCCUUUAUCUUCACGCUCUGUUAGCCGUCUCUUUCUUUUCUGAGAGGAAGUACUUCUGGGCCUACAUAUUAAUUGGCUGGGGAGGUCCAACAGUUUUCAUCACAGCGUGGAGCAUUGCUAAAGCUUACUACAAUGAUGUGGGGUGCUGGGAUAUAAUCGAAAACACUGAUGUCUUUUGGUGGAUCAUUAAAACUCCCAUUCUGGCAUCAAUCCUGAUGAACUUCAUACUCUUUAUCUGCAUUAUACGAAUACUGCGCCAGAAAAUUAACUGCCCAGAUAUUGGACGGAAUGAGUCCAACCAGUACUCGAGACUGGCCAAAUCGACGCUGCUUUUGAUUCCUCUGUUUGGGAUCAAUUUUAUUGUGUUUGCAUUCAUCCCGGAGCAGGUGAAGACUGAGCUACGGCUGGUUUUUGACUUGAUUCUGGGGUCAUUUCAGGGCUUUGUGGUCGCGGUCCUUUACUGCUUCCUCAAUGGCGAAGUCCAAGCAGAGAUCAAGAGGAAGUGGCGGAGGUGGCACCUGCAGCGAUACAUGCACUCGGACACCAAGUACCAGCAUCCAUCUAUCGGCAGCAGCAACAACUUCAGCACCCAGAUCACCAUGUUGACACGCUGCAGCCCCAAAACACGCCGCUGUUCAUCCUCGUGUCACGACGACCUUUCCAGCAUAUGA